GGACAGCCUUUACCCUCAGCAGCUUCUGGCAGCUCCAGAGGAUGGUCAAACAUAUCACAGGACGGAGUGCCUUCUUCUCCUAUUACGGAUAUGGCUGCUACUGUGGGCUUGGGGGCAGAGGGAUCCCUGUGGAUGCGACAGACAGGUGCUGCUGGGCUCAUGACUGCUGCUACAGCAAGCUGAAGGAGCGUGGAUGCCGGCCCAUAUUGAACAGCUACCAGUUCCACAUCGUCAACUGGACCGUGGACUUUGAAUCUCUGCCCACUGGGAGCCCAGAGCCUGGCUUACA